UUUCCUUGGCUUCUGUCCACGGUCAUCUUAAAAGACCAAAUUAUUACUCGAUUAAUCGAUCGAUAUUACGUAUACUCCCAUCGGGGCACAUCUUAGAUAACAAAAUUUAGUUUCCAUAGUGACAAUCCUUUUGAAAAUAUAGGUAAACAUUCGCGCCUUCGUUGUUUGCCUCUUCGUCCAGGCAUCAUUCUUCUGUGGGUAAACGAUUAAAGCAAAGAAAUCGGAUAUUUAUGCUGACGGUAGCGAACUGCAAUCUCAUUAGCCGUUGGAGCUGCGCUGAAGUUGAAAACAAUCAGUUGACGAGUUAUCGAGAGAAUCAAUUUUUGGCUGCUUGCAAACUGUGUUCGAAUCAGGAUUUAUUUCAGAAAGAGCCGAAAACUUUCUGGUAAUGGAGCCGGUGCGGAACAAUGAAGCGAAUGAAACCAGAGCGGAAUGCGUUCCCGAACCGCAUAAACUACGAGAAAUGGAAGUGAAUCAAAUUUCGAUGCGGAUUGAAACAACUGCGAAGAGUCUUCAUAGUGUGAGUCUAACCGAUGACGGGAAUAAAAGUGAAACAUGUGUCUGUCGAUCUUCCAAUUUAACCUUGAAACAAGUGCGAAAAUUUCGAUCCUCGGUUGGCAACGAAUUCAUCAAGAAGAAAAAGCCAACCGGCGGGAAAAUCAGUGAACUUAGCUUUUCCGCCCGUUUUACAGUGGAAACCUGGGAAAUAAAACUGCACAGUGAAGGCCGUCUGAUGUUGGUCGAUGAUGAUCUGCUGGCAAGAGUGACGAUCGAGAAACCGGAGCUGUUGGAUGAAACGCGAGAUUUUGAACAGGCGAAGCAAGUUCUUCUGCAGCAGAUUCGGAUUGAGGAAGUGUAUUUCGACGAACUUCUUUCGAAACGAAAUCAACUUCGGACUGAACUCAUGAAUACUCUCAAAGAUGAGGGAUCGAAAGUGGUAAUCGAUCGUCACUUCGCAAUGGAUUGUAUUUUAUUGAAGAGAAUUCUAGCACAUGACGAGGGUUGCCAGCUGUCAGGAUUUCAGUGUUUGUGUGAAAUAAUUAUGAAAAGUGGUUCGUUUUCCGUGCACCUCACCAACGCAGCAACCAAACUUUAUGACGUAGAAUGUGCUUUAAAAAGAAGAUGUGAACUUUUUCCAUGCAUUCCGACUCCACCGGAAGAGGAUUUGUCGAAGUUGCUCGAAGCUCUGAAGCAAAUUCUGUCAACAGCAAGUGAUGUCCAUAGAAAGUGUUUACUGAAACAUUCUCCAAAAUAUUUAUCGGUUCAUUUGGAAAACAUUUCCCCUGAAAGAAUCUUUUUAAUCAGUGCCAAUGAUGUUAGUGUACUUUCCGAUGUGGGAAACGUUUUGCAAGGUGUCAAUUUCCAGAAACCUUUGGAAAACUUGGCAAGUCGCUUCACUGCCCUAGUGAAUGGUUUUGAUUUCAACAAAUUUAGUCAAACGAAUCCGUUAAACAAUCCAUUCGUUAUUCUUCUGUGCAAAAGUCUCAAGGACCUAAUAGAAAAAAUUGUAGAAGUCUCUGACACCAAACAUUCAGAUCUUAUUCAAAUUGACACCCAAACUGGUUGGCAACCGACCAACGAGAUCACGUGGACAAUUGAAGGUAACUCAAGAAAGUGUUUGGAACGCCAAUAUUUUUUCAUUUUCAAUCUACUAAAGUAUUUUGAACCUGGUUCAAACGUCGACUGUGAAUUAUUCGAAUACGAACCGAGACUUUUCGGAUGUUCCGGAAGCGAUGAUCUAGUGAUUGAUCCCAGUCAAACCAUGCAGGAAUCCUUCAUUUGGUAUUGUCUAUUCGAUGACGCACUUUCGUCGAUUUUGCACAGAAACCAACUGACAGUUUAUGAAAAUGUUCUUGGGAAAUAUUUUGCUUUAAUUCAAGAAGCAAACCGAGAUCAGUUGGAAUUCGUUCGAGUCGUGAGCCAUGCUUUGGUAGACUUCAUUGCUUGUACCGUUGAAUCGGUGGAGAAGGACGAAGAAAGCAACUCGGUGGUCGACGGGAAAUUACUGCAAAAGCAACUUCAUUUACUCAUGUCAGAAAUUUCGUUUGACUCUUCGACAACGAAUCAAUUCAGCGAAAUGGUCCGAAUUUUCAUAGCAUUUUGGAAUUACAAGAGGGAUAUAAUUGCAAAAAUUCCUGCUAAAAUUAAUCUUCCAGCAAUGAAAGAAAUAUCGGAAGAAUUGCUCGAUGUCGUUCUGUUGGCUUCAGAAAAAAAUGUGGAAGUGGAACAGUUUCUGAGAUUUUAUCAAGCAUAUAACGUUUUGCUGCUUCAACUUGAUGCUGUGUCAUUUGAUUGGAUUAUCAGAUCAAUUCCUGGAGUUGAGAUGCAGGGAAUUGUUCUAUUAAAAUUGAUCGAGACAAUGACCAAUGAUAAAUUUCCAGGCUCAUUCCGUGUGACAGAUUCAUUGAAAUUCAGUCAAAUGCUAAAAUUAGUGUAUAACGAUACAGAGAUUCCAAAACACCAAGAGAUUCCCAUUACGAAAGUGUACUUAUCUCUAAUCAUGCAACAGCUGAAUCGAAAGCAGUGGUCAUCUGGACUCGAACUGUCUGAAUCCGAUCAGUUGACAACCACAACAACUUUGAUAUUAAUGUUUCAAAAAUGUAUGCUGAGUUCGAAGAAUAUCCGAAAACAGCUUGAAAACGAUUCCCCUGAUAGCUUUUUCUCUACUUAUAUUGAACCAAUAGUUGAAAUUGUCAAUGAAAGUAAAUCUGCAAGCGAUUUCGUAAUCGAAGCCGAUUUAUAUUUGGCGUUUGUCGAAUUUGAUAAGUUUAAUAGCUUCAAUGAUAAAAAAGCGAUUCGCAAAGCAUUCCUUCAAUAUUCGGUACAGUUUCAUCAAUACGUAUCUUUGAAAGAAGAGAGCAGAGUCGCUAAAAUUGCAGAGAAAUUGAAAGCAACAAAUAUUCGUCAUUUAAAUUCUUGGGAUACUCAAUUCAAGCAGGUCGAGCUUCCGAAAAUCCUUGCUGGAAUCGCAGCUUUGUGGUUUACUUCAAUACCUAAAACGGUAGAAUUUCCUAAUCUGGCAGAAGAUCACGGACUGUACGGUUCCCAGAUUUUGUGCAUUCUGAGGAUGUUAGGCGUGGGUCGUCCACGCCUAGUUUCUAAACAUUUUUCGGAGAUUCCUCCGGGAGAAGGCAAAACGUUGAUUAUUCGAUUGAUCGCCAUUUUGUUGGCUUUGAUGGGGCACUCAGUGCGUGUGCUUUGCUGGAACGGAUAUCAAAAAGAAAAAAGUCGAGCUGAUCUGAAUCGAGUUUUUGCAAUUUUGGAUGUCGAAAAAAGUAUUAGCUACAGCACUCUUGAGGAUUUAAAUAGAUCUGGUAGUGUGCUAUUGAAUGGCACGCGUGUCCUUUCAUCGGGAUCCGUGGAGAAUUCACCUGAGAGAGCGAUGACAGGAUCCUUAGAUAAUUCCGUGCUUUUGAUUGAUGAUAUAAAUGUGUUUCGGAGAUAUUUUGCCUACUACCAAUAUUUGCUUAUCAUAUUACCAGGACUCGAUAAAAUUCAAGCUAAAAUAUGGACAUUAACAAUCAAAUCAACUGAGGAAAACGUCAUCAAGUAUUGUAUAUAUGAAUAUAUUGAAUCGUCUGAGUUCCCAGAAAAAAAUAGAUGGAAGACUUUUUUGUCACUGCCAGGUGAAUGUAAAUGGAUCUCGAAAGACAAUGAAGAAAUAUCCUUCACAAAUCGAGAGUUGUUCGAUUCACAUUUAGCUGACAUGAUUAGCGCAGCUCAUGCAGUUAACAGAGGGAACAGAUGGUACCAUCUGUAUAGUUAUUAUAAGACAUUCCACUAUUUAGCUAAUGAGAAAUCGCAAACUUCACCGAAAACCGGAGAUAAAAUGAAUUAUGGAUUUUUGAUGAUGGAAUUACCUGGUUUGAAUUUCAUCACAGCACUCAGCGACUUCCCUCUCGUAUUUGGGGUAUUUGGAGAAAAGUUUCACAAAGAUGAAAUGGUUUACCUCGAAAGCUUUUGCGACAUCAGGAAAUGGACUAAAAUGCCCUCGAUUUUCGGUUGCUCGAAACUUCAAUUCGACAAGAAGGCAAACUAUUAUUCGACGACCAAUGAAAGUUCUUGGUUGGACAAAAUUUUUAACAGCGCUCGCAAGGUUAUCGUUUCCCAUCGUUCGGUUAUAAUAGUUUUCUAUAGGAAAGAUAAAAUGAAAAGAUUCGAAAACAACUACGGGAAGUAUUUCGCUCGGCUUAACUUUCUGUACGAAGAUACACCCAAUAAAGAGAAGCAACGGAUUAUUGAUGAAAUCGGUGGUGCAGGAACCGUCACCUUAGUAGAGUGCAAAAUGGCUCCAGGACUUGACUACAAAUCCAGUGAGACCGUAGAAAGAAACGGGGGAGUGCACGUGAUUCUAGCAUUUUACUCCUUCGAUACCACUGAGGAGAAUCAGAUCAAGGGACUGACUGCCAGGCACGGGAACCAAGGAAGCUACGAAAUAGUUAUUUUUAGUGACACUAAUUCGUACGAUGAAAUGAAUAAAGAAAGAGAGAGAAUGAUUCAGGACUACUUGAAAUCCUUGCCAAGUGCUCACUCUAAACUAACUGAACAAACAGAGAUUUUGCGAACAUUUGUGAAUACGUUCAAGUUUUAAAUAAACGGAUUUUCUUACAUUAAAAAAAAUAUUCAUAAAGCGAAUACGUUCCGAGCAAAGAAAACCACAUCACCUUAGAAUCAAUGCAUGAAAAAAACCGACGUCAUCCAUCUAGUACUGAAAAAAUAUUGAAAAUAAAGUAGAAAAUAUUCCUGUGUUCAGAAGCAAUUUAAAUCAGGAAUGUAAAAAAGCGUUUUUCUUGGUAAUUCCUUACGUUCCAAAUAAGCCCAGAAAACUUCAUAUUGCAAAAAUCCAGUAGCGUCUCGUCCUCCUGUACACCUCGUAAACUGCACAAACGAUCAAAUUGAAGGAACCAGUUGCAUUCAUUUUUUUUUUUUUAGAAGUUCUAUUUAUCGAUGAAAGUAGGUCGGAUGGUGCCGAAUAUGAAAUAAGCAAUUUUGUUCACAGCACAAUAUGUGACUGCAAAGAUUCAAGAAGAGAGGAAAUUACUCAGCUCAGCUCUGAGAUUUGUUGUUCUCACAGUCACGUUUUGGCACCGUUAGGAGAGGUUUCAGUGACUUAUGCUCCUGGCAGUUGAAAGCAAAUUGCUGUCUUAGUUGCAACGUCGAAGCGGUUUUAUUUAUAAAGUUAUUGACCAAUUUGCUGGACGUGCAGUGUGCCGAAUUCUUCCAUUGUAUCGAUGAAAUGAAAUAAAUUUAAUUAAAAACAAUCCCUUCCAAAAGUAUGUCGUUAUUUCCCUGCAUUGAAAAACAUAAACGAAUAUCCAAUCCUCAAUAUUUAGUUUUCGCUUACAACGAGCUGUUACAUCUGAUAUCCAUAUCACACGAGCAGUGCACGACCAGUAAAUUUUGUCACGAGACGCCACUGCAAAAAACCAAACAGCGUCAAAAUUGUAUUACUUCGAAGACGGUUUCCAGUCAAUUCAAAUUCAUUCUUUACACUUUUGCCUUGUUCACAUCCCGAUCAGAAGAGCCAUAUUAUAUAAUUUUUUUAAGAAUAGCAAAAUAGGUUUUAUUUGGUAUUGGUGAGGUUGAACUAAGAGCUAAAAUAUCAAAACUGAAUACCAAAAACUCACACCAUUCAUACCAGAUUCAAUGGGCGCGUUGGCGGUUCAAUGCAUAUGACGCCAGUUGUCGUAUGUUCGAGCCCCGAUCUGAAAGGAUUCUUAGUGUCAGUAGGAUGCAUAGUACUAGCCAUGCAAUGAUUCUGUACACUAAGAAUCGGCUGCGAAGUCUGUUGAAACAGAAAUGCCAAAUUCCACAAAAGGAAUGUAAUGCCAAAACUUUGCUUUUUUCAUACCGGAUUCAAAAAAGGUUAAGCUAUUUAAGAUACCUAAACAAUACCACAAGAAUAUUAGUUUAUUUGUUUUUUUUUGCAUGUCUAUUUGUACCCAAUUUUUAUUAGUACGAUUUAGUCGUGCUGAUCAUAAAAUAGAAUCACAAACUGAAUGUAUUUAUAGCCAACAUUUAGGCGUAGGAAAUUUAAAAAAAGAAAAUAUAAUUCUGGGGAAAGAUCUUAAUUACAUACUUGAAGGCUUAAUUAGGGAUGAAAUUUAUUGACAAGUUUGUUGUUAAUGUUGGAACAACAGAUUACUUUCAUAAGCAACUAACCGGUAACGGAGUUCCAAAAAAUAAAUUCAAAUGUUUUGAAUAAUAAAAAACAUUAUGCGCAAAACA